CUCUCUUCACAACUAAAUUCCUCUCUCUUUCUCUCUCUCGUAUUAACUACCCAAAAUGUCUCUCUUAACACAAUCCUCUCCAAAACACUGCGCAAACAAAGGAUUCCACCUAAAAACCCUCCUCAACAGAAAACUCCUCUACACACUCUCAACCCUCAUCUCCUCCCUCCUCUUCGUCAUCCUCCUCAUCUACCUCAUCCUCCACCCAUCAAAACCCCAGUUCUACCUCCAAAACACAACUGUCUCCAACCUCGCUCUCUCCUCCGUCCAAGCCACCAUACUCUCCAAGAACCCCAACACCAAGGUCGGCGUCUACUAUGACGACCUCCGUGCCUACGCCGUCUACAAAGGCCAGCAGAUAACCGCAGGCUCUGCGCUGCCGCCCUUCUUUCAGGAGCACGAGGACUCGAACGUGCUGUCGGCGUCGAUGUAUGGGGCUGGGAUGCCGGUCACCGCGAGCGCCGGGUACGAAGUUGGAAGGGAUCAAGAAGCCGGGAGGGCGAUGGCCUUGACGGUGAGGAUUGACGGGAAGUUGAGGUGGAAGGUUGGGAGCUGGGUUUCGGGGAAGUAUCGGUUUAACGUGGACUGCGUGGCGAUCAUCGGGAUUGGAUCUUCGGUAGGAGGAGGAGGCUGGAGCUCGGUGCAGGGGACGGAGUGCUCGACCAGUGUUUGAGAGUGUGGAUCAUGGUGACGUACGGUUCAUUUUGGUGGUUGUAAAGCAGUGGUGUAUUGCUGACAUGACACACACUUAAAAAUUACUAGUGAAUGUAGCCGAUCUAGAUGCUUGUCAUGUCAAUGAAACAAUUAGCACAUCAACUCCCAUUUACUCUAAUUAGUUUGAGUAAACAUGAGUUAAUUUGUUCGUCUUAUAUGCUUAUUGAUGUGUUGCUGACGUGACAUGCAUUUAAUCAUAUCAGCUUUGAUUUUAA